AUGAAACUGUUAAUAGCAAUUCUGUUUAUUUGGGCUGUAGCCAGUGGAAUGCCAGCUGAACAGCAGGAGCAGAAAGAUGAUGCUUCCAGGGCUAUUUGUCCUCUGGUGAUGUGUGACACCUAUUGUCCCAGUGGUCAUGCUAUCGAUUCCAAGGGCUGCACACUUUGUGCCUGUAACAAUUUCCUUUCGUUAAAACCUAUCUGUCCGCUUGUAAUGUGUGCGCUUUACUGCGAGAACGGAUUCCAAAUCGGCGACAAUGGUUGUCAAACCUGCAAGUGUAACACCGGCAUCACUGCUGUAGACGAGACAAAUCUGUAA